GAUCUCUUCUGCAUUCCCUAUUUCCUAUGUCUCUAGUGAUUAAAACCUGUUUAUCCCACAAAUUUGAUACAGGGAUUUGUAGCCACAAAAAGAACAUGCAUUUUUUUUAUUCAUUUAAUUCUCGCAGUUCAUGUGGAAACUAAUUCAGAAUGUGACUGCUUGAGUUGCAGAUAAGGAACUUCUUUUUUCUUCUGAAAAGAUAAGGGUAGCAAGGUUCAGUUUCUGCAUAAAAUCAAUCUCAGAUGGGAUACUUAUCACCACCAUCAACGCAGUCAAACAUGAAAUCAAUCUCACCUACAAAGGAUGAGAAUGGAGAAUUGUGUUAUGCUUCCUGGCUAGGAAAGCAUCCUUCUGCCUUGGACAAUUUUGAGGAAGUGAUGAGCAUAGCUGAAGAGAAAGAGAUUGUUGUGUUUUUGGACUAUGAUGGAACACUCUCACCUAUAGUAGAUGACCCUGAUAAGGCUUACAUGAGUGAUGCUAUGCGCGCAGCUGUUCGUGAAGUUGCUUAUUGCUUUCCCACUGCCAUUGUUAGUGGAAGGUGCAAAGAUAAGGUAUAUGAAUUUGUGAAGUUAAGGAAUGUUUAUUAUGCUGGAAGUCAUGGCAUGGAUAUAUCAACUCCAUUAGGAUCUUCGAAAUGUGAAGAUCAGAAGCAUCAGAUAAAGGCUUUUGAUGAAAAGGGUAAUGAUGUUGUUCACUUUCAUCCAGCAAAAGAAUUUUUACCAACAAUCCAAGAGAUAAUUAAGGUUUUGAAAGAAAACACAGCAAGAAUAGAGGGCUCUAUGAUUGAGGAUAAUAUGUUCUGUGUCACUGUACACUACCGGCGUGUGAAAAAUGAUGAGGACGUUGGUGUUCUAAGAGAAAUGGUGGAGUCUAUUAUGAAAGCUUACCCCAGUUUUCACAUAUCAAGAGGAAGAAAGGUUAUGGAGAUACGUCCAAAUGUAAACUGGGACAAAGGUCGUGCUCUUAGGUAUUUGCUUGAAUCUCUUCGCUUUGACAACUUUAACAAUGUUCUUCCAAUGUACCUUGGAGAUGACAGAACAGAUGAAGAUGCUUUCAAGGUUAUAAGACACAUUGGACGUGGUUUUCCAAUUAUUGUUUCUUCAGUUGCAAAGGAGACUGAGGCUUCAUAUUCCCUGCGUGACCCCACUGAUGUGCUGACUUUCUUGAUUCGUUUAGCAAAAUGGAAGAAGAACCUGUUACAGAAAACUAAUUAAACCUGAGAGGAAUAAACCAAGGGUGAAUUGUUGGCUAAUUUGCUGGUUUUAAAUUUGACAAAUUGGCCUAAUUUUUUUUAAAGGACAGAGACAAGAGGAUCAUACUAACAGAAAAUGAUUCUAUAGACAUACUAGUUGUGCUUCAACUGUUUAGAUUUUUACUAAGUGCAACUGAUUCAUAGAUUUUAAUUUAUCAAGUACAACUGGUUCAUAAGGGUCUAUUUUCACAAAUUUAU